GUUUACUGCCAAGUAAAUAUGUGUGCUGAGAUGAACGUUUUGGACAUGGCAAAGACUGUGAGACGGUGAUAAAUAUUUAUGUGAUGAAGCAAGGAUAGCAACUGACCUUCCUCUGUGUGUUUGUAGGAUACAGAAAGAGUUCUGGCUGGGAAGACUUUUUAAUUAUGGGUUCUUCUCAAUCAACACCUGCAUUCCCAUAAAGGCUACUGAAGGAAUUUAGGGGAAUACAUGUCAUAAAACAUAUCAUGGUAAAUACAAGUUCUACAUGCAUCAGAAUUUAAGAAAAAUGAAUGCUGAAACAGUGAAGCUUAGGCUGCUGAAGAUCAGGCACCAAUGGUUGGGCAAAUGAAUGAACACAACAUCAGAGUUUUUUUGAAGUUGAUAUCUGAAGCAGUUGGUCUCCGACCGAAGAUUCCUCCUUUACCCAUUCAAGCAGAAGAUGACCUCGUCCAUUCUAAAGGAGUUGCAGGCUGCUCUUUCGGUGGGAAACUGUACGCGCUCCAGGAUACAUGGCACCCAGAUCUAGGACAGCCUUUCGGAGUGAUGCACUGCGUCGUUUGCCACUGUGAACCGCAACGAAAUCGAAGAGAUAAAGUUAAUGGCAAAGUAAGUUGCAGAAACAUCAAGCACGACUGCCGCGAGCCUCCCUGUCACGCCCCGAUCUUGCUGCCCGGACACUGCUGUAAAACCUGCCCCAAAGAAAGUGCCAGCAGUUCAGAGAAGAAAGCUGACUCCACCUUCGACGGAUUUGAGUAUUUCCCUCUCGAGAAAGAGGAUGACCUGCAAAAAAGUCACAACGACCGGUCUUACAUCACCUCCGAGGACAUUUCGAUGGAUGACAGCAGGACAGAUUUUGUGGCCUUGCUCACGGCGACGUCCGUCCAACUGUCAGCAUCCACAGGAGUGGCUAAAGCUCGACUCACUCUGGUCAGGUCCAACCUCGUAUUCGCCAUCCACACUGAAAGACUCAGUCGCCCUAUUAGGGUAAGCUUUCGGGAUCGGGAUGGGACAGUCUUAUUCGAACAUCCAGUUCACAAGACAACCUCACCUCAAAGCAACCUGAUCUGUGGCAUGUGGAGAAAUGUACAUAAACCUUACAUCAAGCUGCUUAAGUCUGAUCAGCUCCACGUUGCGCUGAUGACACAGCCACGGUCAGAUGCUGGCAUCCAAGGCAGAAUCGUCAAACACAGAGCACUCUUUGCUGAAACAUUCAGUUCUGUUCUGACUUCAACCGACCUUGAUCGCUCAGGACUGGGUGGUAUUGCCAUGCUGACGCUCAGUGACGUUGAAAAUAAUCUACACUUUAUCAUCAUGUUCGAAGGUUUGCUGAAGAAGAGUGAAGAAGAUCACAGCCUAGUCCCAGUGCGGGUGCAGUUGUUGUACAGAAACCGACCACUGAGAGAAGUCAGAGACAAUGUCACCUCCCAUGACUCCAAUUUUGCUGAAGUGAUGACUGACCUAAGUAACAAGGAGAUGUUCCUGCUUUCACGUGGCCAACUGGAAAUUUCUCUGGAAACUGAAGGCAGAAAUCCAGAUCGUAUUUCGGGAAUCAUCACAGCCAAGAAAACAUGUGAUACUAUUCAGAGUGUACUUUCAGGCGGAAAUACUCUCACUCCGAUCAAAACUGGUGCUGUUGGUUCAGCAAAGUUUACUUUACAUGACAAUGGGACCCUUGAAUUUCAGGUACAAGUAGCUGGUACUGCCAGUGAAGUCAUAGGACUCACAAUUGAAACAAAGCCUCGUCGCAGGAACAGACGCAAUAUUUUACAUGAUUUAACUUCUGACUACAGGAAUAAUUUUGCAAUUGGAGUUAGCAACAGUCUAAAUGCCAGGGACAUUCAUAUGCUAUUACAGAAUGAGCUCUUCAUCAAUGUUGCAACAAAGGAGUAUGAAGAGGGAGAACUGAGAGGACAAAUCAGUUCUUUACUUUAUAGUGGCCUCCAAGCAAGAUACUACGAGCUGCCAAUUCCAUUAGCUGGACAGUUUGUGGUACCCCCUGUAAAGACUGGCUCAGCAGGGCAUGCUUGGGUGUCUUUGGAUGAGCAUUGCCACCUACACUAUGAGAUAGUCGUGGCUGGGCUGAGUAAAACUGAAGAUAUUACCAUUAACGCACACCUCCAUGGAUUUGCUGAGAUUGGGGAAAUGGAUGAUAACAGUGGUGAACACAAGCGGCUCCUUAAAGGUUUUUAUGGAUCGGAGGCUCAAGGAAUAUUAAAGGAUAUCAGUACAGAACUUCUGCGACAUCUUAAUAGAGGAACUGCAUUUAUUCAAGUUAGCACAAAACUUAAUCCCAGAGGAGAGAUACGAGGACCGGUGCUGAUUCAAAACCAGUGCGAGUCAAAAGGAUUUGUCAUACCUACAGAACAUGAGUACGAAGAUGACCUUUUUCAGGAAAUUAAACCUGAUCCAGAGGAGUUGAAGAAAGAUCCAAAUUCUUGUUACUUUGAAGGGCAACUGAGAGCCCAUGGGUCCCAAUGGGCACCAGAUUAUGACCGGAAGUGCUCCAUCUGUAGUUGCCAGAAAAGGACAGUAAUAUGUGACCCUAUCAUAUGUCUUCCUCUGAACUGCACAGAAAUUGUUCAUGUUGAAGAUAAAUGCUGUCCUGUUUGCCAAGAUAAAAUUGAAGCAAAAGAUGAAAAGAAAACGGGAAUAGACCAGGUUGAAGGCUGUUAUUUUGAUGGGGACAGGAAAUGGCAUCCUGCUGGGACAACCUGGCAUCCAUUUGUCCCACCGUUUGGUUAUGUGAAGUGUGCAGUGUGCACCUGCAAGGGGGCAACUGGGGAGGUUCAUUGUGAGAAGGUUCAAUGCCCACUUCUGCCUUGUAGCCAGCCCAUUAGAAGGAAUGCAUCAAACUGUUGCAAGGAAUGCCCAGUUACAGAGAUUACCCCUUUUGACCACACAGACAUGAUGCAGGCUGAUGGGCCCAGGCCCUGCAAAUUUGGGCGUCAUAUAUACAUGAACAAUAAUAAAUGGCAUCCUGAAGUUCCUCCGUUUGGGGAAAUGAAAUGCAUUACUUGCUGGUGUGAUGAAGGAGCCACAAAGUGUCAACGAGAGAAGUGUCCAGUUCUAACCUGUGAGAAAAUUGUAAAGCGACAGCAUAAGUGCUGUCCAGAGUGUGAAGCAGAGACUUCAUAUUAUGAUGAAGAUGGAGAGAAAUUAAAAAGCCAACAGAAGGACAAGAACAGCUAAUUGACUGAAUUUGUGUUAAUGCAUUCCACAUGUGCAGUGAACAGAGUAAGAAUGUGCAGUGUGCUGGGAUGCCUACUUCAGUUCAUCAAGUUGAGAUUUUGAGAACUUCAUUUGAAAGACAGAUGAAAAUUCAACUAUUUAAGUACACUCAGUUGAUUCAGUACUCGGUGUGUUAAUGAAAGAGAAACAAAGCUGCGAAUACCAUCGGCCACUGUGACUUGUUCUUCAUGCUGAAUUCUGAAGUAGGUACCUGAGGUAUGCAGGACUGGUGUGGAAAAACGAUCAUCAAAUCCUGAAAGGCUCCUACCAGUUGCAUGAAACCAGGUUGGAAGAUCUUUCAGAAGUUGGAUGGAUAAGCUAAUAAUGAAAUAUUCAUUGCCAGUGGGACUCAGAUAAUUAUUACCAAUGCUUGCUACAAUUCAGAGGACUUUGAUAUGAGGAGCAGAUUUAUUUCAUAUUAUUAGAUAACUUUGUCUUAAAAUUGACAAGAUGUUGUGCUUCUCGUCCAUAUGUUAACUGCUCCUUGAAGUGCAAAUCCACAAUCAUGUGAUUAUAGCAGAGAAAAUCACAUGAGUGUGUGAGUUCCAUCCAGUGAGGGACUUCCUGAGAAGGAAGCCCAGAAUGCAGCUGAAUGAAUGAAGAUGAUAUCUUUCGUUUUCUUUUAGCAAUUUGUUGUUAAGUUUCUUUUGGAAAUUCCAAAUGAGAGAAACUGCUUGGUUCAUGUGCCCUGAUCUCCAUUACAAUUGACCUUUUUUAUCCUUGCUGUGAAUGGGAUUCUGCUUCUGUGAUUAUCAUUUGCAUAUGUGAGAUCCCAGGUGGUGGGUGGUGGGUGGUGGGGGGUGGGGGGGGGUUGUGGGGAGGGGAAUGAAAGUGUCAGAUAAUUGAAGUGUUAAGUAUGAGGUGAUUUACAUGCAUGCCCUCAGCUAGCACCAGCUGCAUUCUUCCUAAAUUCCUCAUAGGGUCCUAAUUUGUAAACCUCUGGAAGGAUGCUUUUGUUGAGAGAUUUAAUUUACAAUGAAAUAAAUUGAGGUAGGUGAAAGUAAAGAAGGAUGGAGAACUGUGGCUGAGGACCUCCAGCCAACAUUUGCUGUAAAUUACGAACACAUGAAUAGCGGAGCAACCUCACUGUACUAUGUGUAGCUGUGCUAAUGUAAAUAAGAACUUGGUCUCUGCUACAGGUGAUGUUGUGAAAUGUAGAUAAUAUAAGUUCCUGGGUUAUCUUUUUUCCCCAUCAAUAUUUUGCUAUUUAAUAGAAAUAUACAAUGAUACACUUGUUAGUAAAAUAGUAAACAAACCACAUCAAAGUGCUGGAACAUGCUUGAAUAGUUACAUUCUGCUUGCUGAGUUUACUUUAAAUAAAUAAAAAUCAGAUUUACCUGUAACUUUUGAGACAGAGGUGAUCAGUAAGAAGGUGAAGAAAGAGUGUUAAGUUGAACACCAAAGAGCACACUGAUGGCUCCUGCUCUUUCUCCUCCCAACAACAUCCUUACAUCUCACCCCACCCCUCCACACAAGACCCUCGAUAGUCUCCCGGUGAUUUGGUGCAUAAAUCCACGCAGUAGAAGAAUGUAGCAAUGUAGAAGACCCAGGACAGGCAGGUCGGUGUUGGAGUCGGAAGGAGAGUUAACUGUGUACUGUGGGGAGGCCAAACUCAAACUGGGAGAACAACAUCUCAUAUUCUGCAUGGGUAGCUUACAACCCAAUGGGAUGAACAGUGAAUUUUCCAGUUUCAGGUUACCCACACCCUUGGUGCUCUCCUCCCACACACACUCACCAGUCCACCCAGUUUUCUUCUCCCUAUGUUUAUCCCUCCUAUCCCCUCUCCCACUUGGUUUUAUCUGCCUAUCAUCCCCUCCCCAUCUGGUUCCAC